UAUGAAGAAUCACCUUUUAAUGGCUUCUCUCGAAAUGGAGUCCUUUGCCGCAUGUAAGUAGAACACGAUGAAAGAGUUGUAAAAGAAGCUCCAACUCAGGAAUGUCACAUCACAAGUUCAGUUACAGGAACCCCAUGAUAUUUUAAAUAAUGCAAAAUUCUGUGUCAAAGCUGCAGAAAGGUGAGGGACUGCUCUUAACGCAACUAUACCAGAGCCCACUCAUCAGGCAGAGACAAUGAAGGUCAAUUCACACAGAAGGCUCUCCAGCAUGCAACUGCACUAUAGGGAACUCAGCACACCCCUGUGUGCAUAAUAUAAACAAACACAUUUGAGAAUAGACCCAGGUGAGACAUAUACCCGGUAUAAAAGGAGAGAGCAUGGAAGAAAGGAUUACUCGGGCUGCAACUGCCAAGCUAAUGAAAAAAGCUUUUCUUGAAGCUCUAAAAUCAAAUGACUACAAAACGCUGGAAGAUCUUUUGAUACAAAAGCAAAUAGAUGUGGACACGGUGUUUGAAGUGGAAGAUGAGAACCUGAUUUUGGCAUCAUACAAACAAGGAUAUUGGCUGCCUAGUUAUAAGUUAAAAUCAUCUUGGGCCACUGGACUGCAUAUAUCAGCCCUUUAUGGAUAUCUGGAGAGCCUCAUGGUACUGCUAGAUCACAAAGCGGCUGUCAACUACAAGCCAAAUGGGAAAGCUGCUAUCCACGUGGCCUGUGACGUGGCAAACGUUGAGUGCCUCACAAUCCUUUGCAACCACGGAGCUAAUGUUAACUGCUUUUCACUGAGUGGCCAUGCACCCUUACACUUCUGUACCACAAAGGCCUCUGUGCCUUGUGCCCAGCAGCUCAUUUGGAGAGCUCAUGAACUUUUAGCUCUACAGUGGAGGCACAGGAAACUCAGAGACCAUUGCUAUGGACCAUCUCCACAUGGAACACGAGCAAAUGUGAACAUCACAACAAACAAUCAGGAUGAAGAGACUCCCCUGCACACAGCUGCACGUUUUGGCAUCCCUGAACUGGUGGCAUUUUACAUGGACCAAGGAGCAAAUGUUGAUGCUGUCAAUGCCCACAUGGAAACUCCACUGGCCAGUGCAGCUUACUGGGCCCUUCGCUUUAAAGAGCAGGUGUACAGCCGGGAACACCACCUAAUCUGUAGGAUGCUGCUAGACUAUAAAGCUGAAGUUAAUUCUCGUGAUGAAGAUUUCAAAUCACCCCUCCACAAGGCUGCCUGGAACUGUGACCAUGUGCUGAUGCACGUACUGCUUGAGGCUGGGGCUGAAGCAAACCUGAUGGACAUCAAUGGCUGUGCCCCCAUACAAUAUGUUCUGAAAGUGACAUCUGUGCGGCCAGCUGCCCAGCCUGAAAUUUGCUACCAACUUUUACUGAAUCAUGGAGCAGCUAGAAUAUAUCCUCCACAGUUCCACAAGGUGUUGCAGGCCUGUCAUUCCCACCCUAAAGCCAUUGAGGUUGUCAUUAACUCAUACGAACACAUCAAGUCAACAUCAAGGUGGAGAGGAGCUAUACCCGAUGACGUCUUUGAGAGGCACAGAGAUUUCUACGACUCUCUGUUCACCGUGUGCAGUAAUUCACCACGGUCGCUCCUGCAUUUAUCUAGAUGUGCUAUUAGACGAAUAUUGUUCAAAAGAUGCCACAAAGGAGUCCCUUCACUUUCCAUUCCACCUCCAUUGAAGAAGUACUUGCUUUUAGAACCAGAAGGAAUAAUUUAUUAAGCCUUAGCAGAGCAGACUGAUAGUCCCUGCAAUCUCUGGCUCUGCACACAUGUGGAGGGAAUUAUCAUCAGGGAGUUUUCACUAGGAAAAGUUGAAGUUCUUGGCAAAAUUCUUAUGCAAAGAAGGAUCUGGUUCCAUAAAUACCAAUGCCGGACUGCUCUCUCCAUUAUAUAUACUGAUCCUUUGUUCAAUCUAGUUUUAAAUUAACUGAACCAAGUGCGACUUCCACCGCUUCACUUAGGUAAUGAUUCCACUGUCUAUUAGGUAUCACUGUGGAGAAUGUUUUCCAGAUAUCCAACACAAACUGCCCUGGAUAUUGGUUCAGUUUAGUUUUCUUCAACCAUCAUCUCAGGAAGAACAAAACAGGAUAGUGUCAGAAAAAUAAUCUCUCAUCAGAGUCAGCUACAUCUUUCCCCAGAAACAAAAAGCGCAAAGGGCUUUGAAUGAGGCCCAUCGACUGAGUUACGGUAUUUUAAGUUGUUUUCCUAUGGAUUGCCACUGAAUUGGAUGUUUGUUUAUUAUGUGCUGCAUUGCAUCACAUCAUAUAAUGUUUUGUCAUUCA